AUGUCUCCAUCCCCACUGGAACAACGGCUUGCAGCCCUCCUCGAGAAACGUCGUGCUCAGUCGAAGCUUCGCACCUUGAAGUCCAGCCCUCCCGGGUCUGUGGACUUCUCGUCGAAUGACUUUUUGUCUUUGUCGACCAACAGGGACUUUCAUGAUGACUACCUCGGAGCCUUAAACAAACUACGCACACCAUUGGGCUCUACUGGAUCAAGGCUGCUGGACGGAAAUUCACAAGUUGCUGAAGGACUCGAAAAUGAGAUUGCGGCUUUCCAUGGAGCCGGAGCCGGCCUCUUGACGAACUCUGGCUUCGAUGCAAAUGUUAGCAUCUUCGCUUUUCUCCCCUCCCAAAAGGAUAUCAUCGUUUACGACGAGCUCAUUCACGCCAGUGUACAUGACGGCAUGAGGCAGAGCAGAGCUAAGCAACAGCUGUCUUUCAAACAUAACGAUGUCGCAGAUUUGAAGCGUGUUCUGCAAUCAGUCACUUCCGCGGACUCCAGCCGAACCAUUUUCGUUGCGGUUGAAACCGUCUACAGUAUGGAUGGGGACUUGGCUCCUCUAACGGAGAUUGUUGAUCUUAUGGAAACAAUGUUUCCAAGCAAGAACGCUCAUCUCAUCGUCGACGAGGCCCAUGCCACCGGGCUAUACGGUCCUAAUGGAUCCGGAAGAGUCUGUGAGCUUGGGCUCGAGAAUCGUGUUUCCAUUCGCCUGCAUACAUUUGGCAAGGCUCUCGCGUGCAACGGUGGUGAGUCAUUAACGAUGCAGAAUGAAAGCGGCUAA